GAGAACGACGAAGAAAGUGCUGAGUAAAUGUUUGAAUAAAAAACCCUAAACCCCCAAAAUUUGAGAGUAGAGAGAAGAAAAAUGAAUGGUCUUUCUCGUCAUCUUCGAGCUUCUUCACUUCCUUCGUUGAUUCGUGGCUAUGGUGGAAUCAAUGCGGUUCGUCGAUUUUCGUCUCAAUCAGAUGGCUUCUCUGGAGGGAGAUUCAGAGAGCAAGGACCAGUUCCUGGAGACUCUGAAAAUAACAGUGCCUUUCCGAAUGCGGGAAGAAUCGGUUCCUCUUCGGAUCCUAAUCCUCCGACUUUGAGAACUUUCAGUGAUAUGAAAGCUGGCUUAUUAAACAGGGGAGCAAACGGUUUCUCGGCUCCUAAUGCUCCUCCUACCUUCAAAAACUCACUGAGAUCAAGAUUACCAAACACCCUACCUAAUCAGUUCAGUCAGACGAAUCCAAGUUUUGCAAACACGGGAGGAAGCGGAUUCUCGGCUCCAAGUGCAUCAAGCUACGAGAAUUUCACUCAAUCUUCACUUCUCAAGGACAACUCCCCGAGCGGAGGAAAGUCAAGCGACCUGGACUUUGUCAGAGAAGUAAUAGAAGACGAAGGACGGAGAACCUCAGGGAUAUUCUCUCAUUUCCAUCGCCCAAACCUUGAAAUGAACGCUGACAUCGUCCACAUCAAGAUGUUGCGAAACAACACUUUUGUCACGGUUACAGAUUCCAAAGGAAACGUCAAAGGCAAAGCAUCAUCUGGAAGUUUGCCCGAUCUGAAAGGUGGAAGGAAGAUGACUAAUUACACAGCUGAUGCAACCGCUGAAAACAUUGGGAGAAGAGCUAAGGCAAUGGGGCUUAAAAAUGUGGUGGUUAAAGUCAAUGGAUUUACUCACUUCGGGAAGAAGAGGAAAGCCAUUAUUGCGUUCAGAGACGGAUUCACCAACUCUAGGUCUGAUCAAAAUCCGAUAGUGUACAUCGAAGACACGACUAGGAAAGCUCAUAAUGGUUGCAGAUUACCAAGGAAACGUAGGGUGUGAAAAGGCAACGUCGCAUGUCCUUGCCUCUUGUUUAUUCUAUGGUCACUACAGAAACCAUUUUGUUUUGCAAUGUUGUCUCUUUUGUUGGUUAUGUUCUCCUUUGAACCCGAGUUCUGUAUUUUCUCUUCCACAUUGUUGAGAUUAUUGAACCAAUGGGAUUUUUGUUUAAUAAAUCUUAACUUGGUUAACCGUGA